AUGUGGUUAGGUGAUGUGCCUAUUGAAUUGCAAGGAUUAACAAUUCCAGAAGAAAAAUUGAUAUCCCUCCAUCGACAAAAUAGCUGUGUAAUAAAACUUCAAUCACCUUUCCAUACAUCAACCACUGCACAAGGUGCAUUAAAAGGCAACUGUAUCACUUUUCUUCAAAAUACACCAAAUAUUGUUAACAGCUUACCACUUACCAUGGAAGAUUUAUGUGACACACUUAAAGUGAUAUUUAUCGGUGCUCGUCCUUCUCAGCGUAUUCAACUAAAAAGAGUUCUAACAGUACGAAAGAAAAAAGUUGCUCAAGCGCUGUAUUGGUUAAAAAAUAAUAAUAUAUUUUAUAAAAAUAUUGAAAUAAAUAUGGAUAAUAUUAUGAAAUUACCUGAGGACGAUGUACCAGAAUCUAUUAUGCUAACAAUGGAACAAAAAAUAGGUGAUGAACAGGAACCAUCUGCAAGAGCUGGAUACAUUCCUGAUCCUUUAUUAAAUCCAGUAGAAUCUGUUAAUUCAGAUAGCAUUCCUAUUAACAACAGUGCUGUUCUUGAUGUAAAUGGUUCAUUAGUAUCUUCAGAUGAAAUUAACAAUUAUAUUUUGACAAAAAUAAAAAAUGAUGGAACAGAUAAUCAAAUGGAUGUUGAAAGAGUUUACUUGAUUCCUCAUUCUUCCAAACCUGCCAAUGAAUAUUUUAACCCAAAACUAUUAGCAGGUCUAUAUCCAGCUUUGUUUUGUUAUGGACGUGGCACACCUGAAGAUCAAUCAAAGUCAAUCAACAUAAGCCUUCGAGAACAUAUACGUUAUCUUCUAUCAUAUGAUGAUCGGCGUUUUGAAAAGAAUCACAGUUUCAUUUUUUUAGUCUUUAAUAUCUUGCAAAGACGUGAUGCCUGCCUUCAUGCUCAACUUAUAGCUACGAAACCUUACUUUCGAUCUUCUGCUCAGGAAAUUCAAUCAUUAAAGAGUUCUGACAUUGAGACAGCUCUCAAGAAUAUAUCUACUAAAACAUAUGAUAUGAGUUCUAACAAGGCAUUAGAUAUUCUUACUAUUUCACCAUCUGGUAUGACUAAAAGUUCAAUUACAUUAGAUCCAAAUGAUAAUAAUACGUAUAUCAUGUUUAUUCAAUGGACUCCUCGACCACAUCAAUAUGGUAUUCAUCAACUCUGUUUGACUCCAGUCGAUUCUAUCGGACAAACGGGACAACAAGUCUGUUAUACAUUUCAAGUCGAUAUAGCUCCACCUCAAUUUGUCGAUAGAUCAAUGACACCCAGAGGACUUGUAUCACGAAAUCAAGCUAUCUGGUCGAUAUCAACUGAUCAAAACAUAGUACCCUCGAUACAAGCAAUUGCAUAUAUUCGAUAUUUCAAACGAAUCAUUGGAGGUACAGAUCAAGAAGUACUGCGUAUCAGUACCGCUAACAAUGUUAUAUAUCAAUCAAGACGAAUUCUAAUCAAUACAGGCAGUAUGACUUGGGAAGAAGAUGCACACUAUUAUAUUUUAUUUGAUAGUGGCGUAGUAUCUAUCAAUCAAUCAUGUGGAAUUGAAUCAAGUCCAAUUACUGAUAAAUAUUUUUGGGAAUUUUGGACUGAAUCAGCAAGAAUUACAACACAAGAACCAGUCACUACUAAUGUUAUUACAACUUCAACAACAAAAUCAAUCUCUACUACAACGACUCGUAUUGCACAACCAAUAACGACAACAAUAAACAACAAUGUAUCAAAUAAAUUUUGUCCCAAAUGGUUAACAUUCAAUACUAUACUCAAUCUUACAAGUAGUAUUGUUCAACCAAAUCAUGCAUUUUGCUUCACGGUUAAUACUACUUUUGCUGAUGUAACAAUUGUAGCUAAUACUUGGGUUUCUUGUUCUACUUGGAAAAUAUCGGGUACUGCUGAUCCUCUUCUAGAAUUAUUUACACCAGAAACAAAUAUUGGUUCACCAAUAGCUCAGAAUGAUGAUGGAAAUAGUAUAUCUCAUCUUAAUUGUUAUGCUGCUGUACUUAGUUAUCGAUUAAUGAAAGGUAAUCAUCGAAUCGUUAUUCGUCAUCAAAAAUGUGCUUAUGGAAACUUUGAAUUACGUAUAUCAAGUGAAACAAACAAUAUACUCAAAUAA